AUAACACCGUGUCAGAAGUGUUACCAUUUUUAAAUUAAAAAAUGUUGUUUAGUGAUAUUUGCGACAUAGAAUCACAGUAAAUUAUUUUUUAGUAAAUAAGUGUGCAUCAUGGGGGAAAAAUAUAUUUUAUCACUUGACAUUGGAACUUCAACAAUAAGAUCCGUUAUAUACAAUACUCAAACCGAAAUUUUGGGAAAAGCUGUAGAUCAAGUAACACUUCAUUAUCCAAGUCCAGGAUUUGUUGAAAUUGAUCCUGAUGAGUUAUGGAAGUCUGUUGUUGGUGUUGUCAACAAAUCAUUGCAAAAUGCAAAUUUAUCUGCCAAUCAGAUAACAGCCAUGGGUAUAUCAACCCAAAGAAGUACCUUUAUAACCUGGUCCCAGGACACAGGGAAACCAUUCCAUAGAUUUAUUACAUGGAAGGAUCUGAGGGCUGACGAAUUAGUUAAGCAAUGGAAUGAUUCUUAUACUUGGAAGUUUAUAAAAAUUAGUGCCUAUGUUCUGUUCAUGAUAUCAAGGAGCAAGAGAUUCAGGGCGGGUAGUGUUUUCAAGUUCUCAAAUAACCAGACUACGUUAAGAUUGUACUGGGCUCUCCAUAACGUGCCGGCCCUGAAAUCUGCUAUAGAAAACAAUGACGCUAUGUUUGGGACAUUGGACACGUGGUUGUUGUAUAAAAUGACAGGUAACAGGAUCCACAUGACGGAUGUUUCAUCAGCGUCAGCGACGGGUUUCUUCGACCCUUACACCAUGCAGUGGGCUGGGUGGGCGAUGGCCAUAUUCGGUAUACCCAUGGAAGCCCUGCCGGAGGUAGUGGACACAGCCGGGGAACACUUCACAAGCACCGCCCCCGAUAUAUGGGGGCAUGCGAUACCCAUACGGAGCUGUAUAGCUGAUCAGACGGCUUCAAUGUGGGGCUCGUGCUGCUUCAGCCCUGGUGACGUGAAGCUGACGAUGGGUACUGGAACGUUCUUAAACAUUCAUACGGGAGCGUCACCUCACACAUCCUUGACCGGCCUAUACCCUGUGGUUGGCUGGCGUAUGGGAGACGAGCUGGUGUUCUCCGCUGAAGGCGCCAAUAAUGACACCGCCAGUAUCAUAAAAUGGGCACAGAAUUUGGGUCUUUUUGACAAUCCUCAAGAGACAGCUGACAUAGCGAUGUCUGUGCCGGAUUCAGACGGAGUGUUCUUCAUACCGGCGUUUAGUGGUUUGGGUCCUCCCUACAACGACUGUACCGCUGCAUCAGGAUUCGUGGGUAUGAAAGCUUCCACUACCAGAGCUCAUCUAGUCCGAGCUGUGCUGGAGUCGCUAGCGUUCAGGACAUCACAGCUGUACACCUGCAUCAGAACCGAGACCAGCUACCAGUUUGACACCGUCAGAUUGGAUGGCGGCGUCUCCAACAAUGACUUCUUAUCCCAGCUGGUGGCGGAUCUGACCGGACUUACAGUGGAGCGUCCCGUACAGGUCGAGAUGUCUUCAUUAGGAUGCGCCCACAUUGUAGGAUUACAGCUAGGUAUCUUCACAUCAAAGGAACAGCUGAAGUCACUCCGGAAGGUUGGUAAAUUGUUCACUCCUAGGGCUCAUGUGAAAAAAUCCUACGAACCGAUCAUAGAGAAAUGGGAAGAUGCCGUCAAAAGGAUGUGCGGUUGGUACAACAAUGACAGAACAACACAGAGUAACACACAGAACAAUUUGAAGGUAAAACUAAAAAAACAGGGCAAAUCCAAAUAGCGGUGGCUUCUAUAUGUGCUCCUGUUUAUAACGUGCGUACCCUUGUAUAGAUGAUAUCCGGCCAUGCUCUAUAUUAGGGCAUUGCUUCGGAAGUUGUUUUAGGGUUGUGCGUCAUAAUCUGUGUAUAGCACUGAAUAGCAACGCUUAAAGUGUGUAAAAGACUUUAUAUAUUGAUUUGUAGUUAUAGUUAUGGAUUAUAUUGUAUUGAAUGUAGAUUAGAUUUGUCUUAUCUAAAAAUGUUCUAUAGGAAAAUAGAAGUUUCUAUAGAAGUAAAUAGUUCAUAUAAAUCGGUCUUUAUAUGCAUUAAUUGAUAUAUCUGAUUAAGAAUACGUAGUAUGGAUUUGUUAUUAAAUAAGUGUAUUUUAGUGAAUAAUAUUGUUUAUCUGCCAAAUGUCCUAUGAAUAUUGUAUGAAGUAAAAUAUUUUAAUAUAAAACUUCCGUGUGACAUAAUACACUAUGAUUUUAUUGCCACAGAUGAUAAAUUAUCAUGUAAAUGUCACCUUUUUAUGUAUACUGUGUAUAUUAUCUGUGGCAGUAAAUUUGUCAGUUGAUAUCAAAAAGUGGUUUUGAAUAUUUAACUAGAGAUUUAUUUAGCCGAUUUUAUAUAUUGAUGAAACUUUGAACUUUUUAGUAUAUAAAUUUAAUGUAGUAUAUAGCUUAGUGUUUAAGUAAUUCGUCUAAUGUCAGUUGGAUUUUAAUCUAUAUGAUUUUAUUAAUUCUUGCCUCAAUACGGGUUUGUGAUAAAGACGUUUUUAUAUCUCAUACUAUAAAAAUUAUGCACUUCCCCUGUCGACAUAUAAGAUUACAAUUCAUGGAUCUCAUUGCAAAUCAAUAUUUGGCAUUUAAUAAUAUUUGUAUCAAUAUACGUGAAUAAAAAUCAAUUUGAUGAAAUGUAAACAAACGACAUUAAUUUAAUCAUAAGUUAUUUGUGAGUAAAACAUUCAAAAUGGUUAUUGAAAAAUGAAUCUUAUAUGAUAGGACAUAGAUUUCAUAAUAAAAACUAACUAGCUAAAGACUGCUGUUACAAUGACUGCGAACGGUAAAUAAAACUAAAACUGACAAAAUAUUUGAAUGGUCUAUGAACAUUUUAAAUUGAAUAAUUUUAUUUCAUUAGUACAACGGUUGGUACUGAAAUUAAGAUAUUAAGUAAAAAAGAAUUUUAAGUUACACAAUUUAAGUUACAUUUUCGUAUGCGAAAUUAAGAAUUGUAUUCGUUAUAGAGAUAAAAAUAUAUUGUGAUAAAUUUAAAGACAUUUUUAUUAAUAAUUUAUCACGAUACUUAUGUUAAAAAUAUUCUCUCAUAUCAUACAACGUGCGUCAUAUCUUAUAAGGUGAUAAGUGAAAUUGUAAUCCGUAACGGGUGUGUUUGAACAACGUAUUACCUACUAAGAUCCAUAUAUAUGAGCUGGUGUGAUCGAGUGUUAGGUGAGAAUGGCGAAGGUUGUAGUACUGUUGAUACUGUUAUUGCUCGUGAAGAAUAUAGUCGGCUUACCAAAGGAUGGCUUGAAUUUAUAUCCCGAGGUCGUAAAAACCAGACACAUGGUCUGGGAGGGUAACGAUUAUACAGAUUAUGAUUCUGGGGUAAAUUCUGAGACGACUUUCAUUCGAGUCGAGAAUGCUGUCUGAUAUGUUUCAACCGAAUGAUUUGUUUGGUGAGAUCGAUAUGAAAAUGUCACGCUGUGAUUUGGUAACCAGGAAAGUUUUGAAGGUUUGACUGCGGAUGAAACUACUAUGAAAAACUCAAUAUGAUAAGGCUUUAGUUUAUGAAUGUAAUAUAUGUUUGUAUGUUAAAUUACUAUUAAGAUAUUGUUUAGACUUGUGAUGUAAGCCUAUUUUAGAAGCUUGGUUAGGAUGUAAGAGGUUUUAAAUGAAAUGUUCUUUAAGUUAUGAUAAUGUUUUAUUACUGUUAUUAAUUUUUUAGCUUUUUUUUAUCUGUUAUUCGUUUUUUUAUAAAUGUUUUAAUUUUCUAUUUUUUUUUGUACUUGUGUAUUAUGUUUUCUAUUGGAGAUCGUAAGGUAUCUGUACUGUAAUUAAUGUAAAUAUGUAUUUUUAAGUGUAAUAUUAUAUAAAUUAUCAGUUGAAUAAACUAAUUAUAUUACAA